AUGGGCGACGAAAGCGCGAAUUCCAAAAUAAUAGAUUUAUGUGAAGGUAGUGAAGAUGAUAAAUCGUUAGAAGACAAGCAGGAGGAAUGCUCAAUGUCAAACAAAAAGACACGAAUGUCAGAAACAGUACGAAAGACUAUUAUUGGUGUUGUAAUUGUGGUGCUCUUGGCAGUAUCGUGGGUUGGAGCUCAGCAAACAGCGCAAACCGCUGUUCAGUGGGGCAAUUUUGAAGCUCCUUACUUUACCACAUGGUAUGGAACUUGUUGGAUGGUGCUUUGCUUCCCUGGUUAUGCAAUUUUCGUUAUCAUUUCUGAACGGGAUAAAGCGAAGAUCCUUCAUGCUUUCAAGGAAUCUACUCAUAUAUUUGGCCCACAAAGCGUUACUAUGGCACAAUUUUUCAAAAUUAUAUGGAGCCUAAAUGCAAUCUGGUUGGCCGUGAACUCACUUUAUGUCUUCGGACUCAAAUUUAUCUAUGCAACCGAUGCAUCAGCAAUCAUGGCUUCAAAUGUUGCGUUCGUGUACAUGCUAUCACUAUGCUUACUUAAAGAAAAAUUAUACGCGAUACGGAUCAUCGCAUCUUUCCUAUGCAUCAGCGGUGUUGUACUUUUUGGUUACGCAAAAGGUUUUCAAGGAAGUGAACAUCUUCUUCAAGGAGUUUUGAUGAUUAUCGCAUCCGCAUUUGGUGCCGCAGUGUAUAAAGUUGUAUUCAAAAAAGUAGUGGGGAACGCUUCAUUAGGACAGGUAUCACUAUUUUUAACACUACUGGGACUGAGUAAUACACUUCUGAUGUGGACUGUAAGUGUAUGCUUAUAUGUUGCAGAAGUUGAAAAAUUCGGUUGGACUGAUAUUCCAUGGCAAGCCGUGAACCUAUCAGCUCUACUCAGCCUUAUUUUUAACUUUUUGGUGAACUUUGGCAUCGCGUAUACUUACCCACUGUUCAUAUCAAUUGCGAUGAUGAUUGGAAUCCCGCUCAAUGCUGGCGUAGAUGUGAUAUUUCGACAUGGAACAUUCAGCGCUAUACGACUUGUUGCCGCAGUGUUAGUAUUCUCUGGAUUUGCUAUCAUGCUUUUCCCGGAUUCAUGGAACGACCCAAUUCAUUCUAUUCUGCAAUGUAAGACUGAAAAUCCUGAAGGAAAAGAAGAAGAAAUGAUUAAACUGAAAACUAAUCGUGACGAGGAAGAGAAAGCAACCCAAGAAUCUUCAUCACCAGAGAAAUCACCUUUAUUUGUAACUGAAGAAAUAGCUUAA